AAAAUGGAGAAGGGGAAUCGCACUGUGGUGACUGAAUUCAUUUUAGUGGGAUUCACGGAUGACCCCAAACUGCGGAUAGUUCUCUUUUUGAUUUUUGUAUUGAUCUACCUGGGGACCUUGGUGGGAAAUCUUGGGAUGUUUGUUUUAAUCAAAAUCAACUCCCAGCUUCACACCCCUAUGUACUUUUUCAUCAGCAACCUGGCCCUCUUGGAUUUUGGAUACUCCACCAUCAUAACUCCAAGCACACUCAUGACUUUAGUCACAGAGAACAAAGUCAUAUCAUUCACAGGGUGUACAUUGCAGUUCUUCUUGUUCUGCAUUGCCGUGACAUUGGAAUGCUACCUGUUGGCAAUAAUGGCAUAUGAUCGAUUCACAGCCAUUUGCAACCCUUUGCUUUACACAGUCAUCAUGUCUAAGCGGUUCUGCAUGCUGCUGGUGCUUGGUGCAUACUUCAUGAGCUUCUUAAAUUCAACAAUUCAGACUACAUUCAUAUUCCGUUUGCCCUUCUGUGACUCUGUCAUUGAUCAUAUCUUCUGCGAUGUACCCCCCAUCCUGAAGCUGUCCUGCUCUGACACACACCUCACUGACAUUGUUCAUUUCACCUGUGCUACAGUGCUUGUAACUUCAACAAGUCUGGUCAUCUUCAUCUCCUACAUCUAUAUUGCAAUUGCUAUUCUAAAAAUCAAAUCUGCUCAGGGCAGACACAAAGCCUUUUCCACUUGUGCCUCCCACCUAACAGCUGUCACCAUCUUCUAUGGGACAGGUUCAUUCAUGUACUUACGGCCUAGCUCAAAAUAUGCUUUAGAUGAGGACAAAAUUAUCUCUGUGUUUUAUACCCUUGCGAUCCCUAUGGUGAACCCCCUGAUCUAUAGCCUGAGGAACAAAGAGGUGAAAGAGGCCUUCAGGAGGACCAUAAAAAGGAAAUUUUCUUCUCGAUGA